AUGAACACGAUUCGGAUGCCAAAAUGCCGUGUGUUUGUUAGAACCCCGCUGAGAUCAAAUUCAACGUCAACGCAUUUGCAAAUGAACUGGGUAGACUUCUUUAAGUUGAGAAGACAGAACAAGGUAUUGAAUACCUCAGCAUCAAUACUUACGGCUGGCUUGUCGGGAUUUGCGACGUUAGAGUAUUUAGGGAAUGUCGAGAUUGAUCUCGAGAAGCCCAUAUUUGGAAUUGAUGCCGUGAUUGUCAUGGGCGGUUUGGUUUUGUUAGGUGGUGCUGCAGGCUAUCUUUUGGGCCCUUUCCUUGGUACCGCUGUCUUCAACUUAUCUCGACGCUCCGUGUUACCUCAAUUUAAAGCCAAGGAAGAACUAUUUUUGCGGAGAAUUAAACGCUACAGAGUUGACCCUUCGUCACAAUCUUUUUCGAAUCCUGUUCCUGACUACUAUGGUGAAAGGAUAUACUCAUUAAAAACCUACAGGCAAUGGUUGAGAGAUUGCAACGCUUACAGAAGGAAAGCUCAGGAGUUCAUUUAG